AUGCUAGAAACAACUUCGAUUCUAGCAACUGUAACAGUACAGUCUUUAGAUAUCAUUAGAAUGUUGAAUGAUCCAAAUCACACUGUAAGCCUGUGUUGUCCUAGGGAGGCGCUUCAGGAUGUCUACACUAGGGCGAUCGUUGACCUCGCGCUUCAGCUGCACCACCAACUAUCAACAACCACGAUGCCAGCAACAACGUCAACACCGACCUCACCACCACCAGCCUCGCCGUCGCCAGAUCUCAGCGCCAAACUGCCCAAACUCAUCCCCCGAAAACGCACCUCCAUCGCACGCGAACCGCCGUCUGCCCCGCCCCCGCCAACACCUGCGCUCGCGCCACCUCCAGACCUCUCCUCGCACGCCUACACGCAUCCCUCGCGCCGAAUACUAAGCCCCGAGGACCACCAGCUCUUCCUCAAAAGCCCAACAUGCACGCUCGUGCAGGCCUUUGUCUUCUCCAUUGCCGAUAGCGUGCAGGACCGCGCCGUGUCCAGCGUGCGAGACAGCGACAUCACCGACACACUCGGCAAGAUACUGCGGAUUCUACAAGAAGCAGAGAAGAUUCAGGAAGACUGUCCGCCCGAAGACACCGGCUCGCGCUUCGGCAACCCCGUCUUCCGCACUUUCCUGGACAAAGUCGAGGAAGCGCUCCCAUCAUGGCACGCCGAGCUGGGCCUCACCGACCCCCAACAAGUCGAUGAAGUCUCGGCCUACCUGCUCAACUCGUUCGGCAACAAGCGCCGCAUCGACUACGGCUCCGGCCACGAGCUCAACUUCUUCCUCUGGCUGCUGUGCCUCAAUCGGCUCUCGCUCCUCCCGCCAUCCACCUUCCCCGCGCUCGCCCUCGUCGUACUGCCCGCCUACCUCCGCCUCAUGCGCCGCAUCCAAGGCGCAUACUACCUCGAGCCCGCAGGCUCGCACGGCGUGUGGGGGCUGGACGACUACCAGUUCCUGCCGUUCCUCUUCGGGGCAAGCCAGCUGCUGCACCACGCCUACAUCACGCCCAAGAGCAUCCACAACGCGCUUGUGCUCGAGGAGGAGGGCGGGGAGUACAUGUACCUCAACCAGAUCCAGUUCGUCAACAGCGUGAAGAACGUCGAGGGGCUGCGAUGGCACAGCCCGAUGCUCGACGACAUCUCGGCCAGCAGGAACUGGGCCAAGAUCGAGGGCGGCAUGCGCAAGAUGUUCGUCAAGGAGAUCCUGGAGAAGCUGCCCGUCAUGCAGCAUUUCCUCUUCGGCAGCCUGGUCCCGGCCGUGGACGGCAUGAGCACCGAGCACGACGCGGGCGUCCCUGGCGAAGAGGACGAGCCCGAGGGCGGGGAGGUCAAGGUGUUUACGGACGAGGCGGGAAAGCGCCACGUCCAUGCUGCCGUCGGGUGGGGGGACUGCUGCGGCAUCCGCGUUCCGGCUGCGGUGGGCGCCGAGGGGGAGGAGAGGAAAGGCGGCGCGCGGGGGCUGCGUAGGGUGCCGUUUGACUGA